AUGACCAACAAGACUGGACAGCCAGUUGAAGCCAAGCUCUUCAUCAACGGACAGCUGGUGGAUGCAUCAGACAAGAAAACGUUUCAACUUAAAUCGCCCUGGACCAAUGAAGUGGUGGCAAAUGUUGCUGAAGCCAGCAUCAAUGAUACCAAUGCAGCAGUGAGAGCAGCCGAGGCGGCGCAACCUGGAUGGGCCAAGUUAUCACCAAAGCAGCGCGGAGAACACUUGAAAAAGCUCGCAGGCCUACUUCGCGAACAUGGUGAUGAGCUGGCACGCUUAGAGGCCCUUUCCAUGGGCCGGCCUAUUGGCGGAUAUUCCGACCACUUGAUUGCGGCCAAUCGGUUUGAAUAUUACGCUGAAGCUGGAUACACUAUUCUAGGCAAGUCAAGUCUAAACACGCCAGGGUAUUUGAACGUUACACUACGCCAACCAUUCGGUGUCGUGGCGGCAAUUAUUCCAUGGAACGUUCCGCUUGUUGCUUUUUCUGGAAAAGUUGGUCCAGCUCUGGCAGCAGGCAACACCGUUGUCUUGAAGAGUAGCGAGAAGGCGCCAUUGACGUCUAUUCGAGUUGCAGAGUAUAUCAACCAAGCUGGCUUUCCACCGGGCGUUGUAAAUAUCCUCUCGGGGCACGGCAAUAUCAGCGGCGCAACUCUGGCCUCCCACAUGGACGUUCGGGCUCUCUCUUUCACGGGCUCUACACGCACAGGUCGGUUGAUUCAGGAAGCCGCCGCCAAGUCCAAUUUGAAAAGCUUGAUCUUCGAACUGGGAGGGAAGUCCCCGGCAGUAAUUUUCGAGGACGCAGACCUAGAGACAGCUGUCACUGCAACAGCACACAGCAUUCAAUGGAACAGUGGCCAAGUGUGCAUGGCCAACUCGAGGAUAUAUGUCCAACAGUCCAUUGCACGAGUGUUCAUUGCGUCAUUCAAGGCGUCAUUCGGGAAAAUUCGUCUUGGUGACCCAAUGGAUCCAGCUACCAAUCACGGCCCAUUGGCUGAUGCUACUCAAGCCGAUACUGUAGCUCGGUACCUGGAAAUGGGCAAGAAGAGUGGAAAACUGGUUCUGGGUGGCGAUUUCGAGCCACAGACUUUCACCGUCAGGCCGACCAUUUUCACGGACACGGACGAGGGCGCCAAGAUCUUAACCGAGGAAGUAUUCGGCCCCGUCGUCCACAUCAACACUUUUGAUACAGAGGAGGAAGCCUUGGAAAAGGCUAAUGCGAGCGAGUACGGAUUAUAUGCCGCAGUGUAUACGAGAGAUUUUGGCCGGGCUUUGCGAUUCGCCAUAGGCCUUGAAUCGGGCACAGUUGGAGUAAACUGCACCUCUCCUGCUACAGGAUUUGAUAUGCCUUUUGGCGGGUAUAAGGCAAGCGGGGUCGGUCGUGAAGGAAUCAGAGAGAGCUUGGAUGCGUUCCUUGAAAAGAAAACAGUGUUGCUCAAGAUUGAUUAG